GAAACCCGCUUUUUUCCCCCUAAAUAAAUAAAUAAUAAUAAUAAUAACCCAAGCUUGGUUGCGUCGAUUUUUUUUCCCUUCACUUGGAUUUCUCGUCUAAUUUCUUCGUCGAAAUCGAGCUCGAUCCGAGGAUUCGCGGAUCUAAAUCGAGGCGAAUUCUUCAGGAUUUUGGGCGGAUGCUUCGAGGUUACGCUUUCGGUUUUAUUUAGGUCAUUUCUCAUUUGUCGCUCUGUUGAAUUUGGGCGAUUGGUUUCGCUGGUCUCGAGGUUUUAAUUAGGGUCUUGUGCCACUGGUGCGUGUAGGUUUACACUUGUAUGAAGAAAACCUCAAUGUGGUCUGAUUCAGAAGCCCUUUUGAAUGGAUUUCUGCAAAGAUGAGGCUCCAGCAGCUACAGCACAGCAGAAGACAUUCCCAGCAGAAGAAAAACCUCGGCCGGUGUUGGUUAAUUCAGAGAAGAACAAUGCAGUGCCGACCAAUGUCAAGCCUCGUAUCAGAGAAAUUAGCUCAAGGUACAAGUCUGGGAUCACAUCAACUCCACGAUCCCCAUCUCCAAAAGCUAGUCAGACAUCGCCGAUGUCAAAAACUUCAGCACCUCAGCGGCCGCAAUCAGCUGAAAGGAGAAGGCCUUCAACCCCCUCAUCUCCUUCAUCACGGCACUCAGCGCCUUUAUCCUCGUCAUCUCCUUUCUCAAAGACUUCCAGGCCUUCAUCGCCGUCUUCUCCAUCGUCAACUCCUUUCUCAAAGACUUCCAGACCUUCAUCACCAUCUUCAUCCUCAAGGUCUAGUACUCCAGUCCGUGACUCAAAGGUUGAGAGGGUGAACUCUUCCCGGCGAUCACUGGUUUCCCGAGCUCCCGAUGGUUUGUGGCCUUCGAUUCGUAAUCUAUCAACUUCUUUCCAAUCCGAGUCUUCUUCUAAUCUGUCAGCUUCUUUCCAAUCCGAGCGUUCUUCUGCUCUUUGUAGUAAGAGCGAGAAACCAGUCAGAAAUCCUUCUCCAGAUCGCACAUUGAAGUCUUCUACGAAUGCAGCUUCUGAGAGGAAGAGGACACCAUUGAGAGGGCGAAACACCUCAGGCCAAACAGAGAAUUCUCGGCCUGUGGAGGAUUCACAUGUGAGGGCAAUCGAUCAACUUAGGUGGCCCCGCAUGAUUGGAGGGAAGGUAUCCACCAAUGCCUUGUCCACAAAAAGCAUGGAUUUAACUGACAAGAUGAGUAGAUCUGGCUCUUUGUCGAUUUCAGCACGAGGGUUUUCACCUACAAGAAGAAUGUCCUCAACGGAUGCUAUGAACAGAGGUCUCAGGAAUUCAACAAAUGAGGUUGCGCGACCAGUUUCUUCUAGAGGAAGUGAAAAGGGUGCACGAAAUGUAACUUCAGUUCCAUUAGAAAGAGCUCCUUCAAAUACGAGGCCGAGUAGGAGCCCAUCACCUCUUCCAAGUUUGGUUCGUCCAUCAUCACCAAAUAAGGCUUCAGCAACAUUGUCUAGGGGGAUGUCGAGUCCAUCAAGGACAAGACCAACAACUCCAUCUUCUCCAUCUAGCAGUGCAUCAACACGACUCGGUGCGUCAUCCUCUAUUUUCAACUAUAUUGCAGAUGUGCGAAAAGGAAAAAGGAGCCCCAGUCACAUGGAUGAUUCCCAUCAUUUGCGUCUACUUUACAAUAGGAACUUGCAGUGGCGCUUCGUCAAUGCCAGAGCUGAUGAACAAUUUUCGACCCAGAAGAUAGUAGCAGAGGAGAUGCUUUGCAAUGUUUGGAAUAUUACGUCUGAAUUGCGUGAUUCAGUCACCGUGAAAACGAUGGACGUGCAAAACCUGAGGCGAGAAAUGAAGUGGAAAUCAAUAAUAAAAGAACAAAUGGCAUACCUCGAGGAUUGGAGCAUACUAGGAGAAGAAUCUUAUGAUUCUUUGUCAGGGACAAUUGAAGCUCUUAAAGCAAACACAUUGCGCUUACCAGUAACAGGAAGGGCAAGGGCAGAUGUGGGUGCUGUAAAGAAUGCUAUUAGUUCAGCAGUUGAUGUCAUGCAAGCAAUGGGCUCCUCCAUCUGUUGCUUGCUGUCUAGGGUGGAGGGUACAAAUUCUGUAGUUUCUGAACUUUCUGAGAUAGCAGCAACAGAAAGCAUCAUGCUUGAUGAAUGUAGAGAAUCACUAGCUGCAGUGGCAGCUAUGCAGGUACAAGAGUGCAGCCUCAGAACACAUCUGAUACAAUUAAGACAAGAUUUGCUGGUGGAGUGAUCCAAUAUCUUUGUGGCUAACAAUUAACCAUUGCUGGAGAUAACUACAGAACCUGCUCAAUCUCAUGUGUAAAUUUGUUCUUACUCCUCACUUCUCUUUGCCUUUUGUUCCACCCUCAUCUUUUUCUUCUCUCAGAAGGUGUAUUGUUUGCCCCUGUAAUUUUCUCUCUCUCUCUCUCUCUCUCUUUCCCCCCCUUUUCUGCGUUUCAUAUGGAAAGAAAUGCAGAUAAAUGAAAGCCAAGAUGAAGAGGUCAAAUGUUUAUGUGUAUAUAGUCAUCGUAGUUGU